UGGUGGUUUAACCGUGGUUACGUGCGUGUUCGGAAUAUGAAGUUUCUCUGAACACUGCCAACCACAGCACCUAAUUUUUCAGGUUUCAGCAAUACCAUAAUCGUGAUCAUAAUAUUGCAGCUUUAAGUUUGGAUGCGAGCUUAUGUAUGUUAGAGCUAACAGCUAAUGAUGGGUAGACAGUUGUAGUCCCUGUGAGUUAGUUGAUGAGAGAGGAACAUGGCCGAUGUGUGUGGUGCUGCUGUAUAUGCUUCAAAAUCUUCUCCAACUGUGGUUUCAGAUAGUCCUAUUACAGAUCCAGGAUCAAGUAUAAAGCAUUCAUACUGGGUUAACUGUGGAACCAGUUCAACACAGGAAGUAGCCAGGCUCCACUUUAUAUCAUCAGCCAACUCACAAAGUUUGGAUGGCACAAAUGCUUUUCUUGGACAAAGGAAGUUGGAUUCAAAGACUUCUGGAGCCUUGAAGAAGUCUAGUCGCUACAGAAGCCGUUCCUUGUCUGCAUCCUCGACUGAUUCGUAUAGUUCAGCUUCUUAUACUGGUAGCAGCUCAGAUGAGGAGGAUGUCUCACCAAGAGAACGGAUUCAGAAGAAUACAUUGGGAUUUUCAGAUUUCUGUGUGAGAAAUAUCAGUCAACAUGCAUUUGGUAGGAGAGAAAUUGAAAUUGCAGAACAAGAGAUGCCGGGCAUCAUGGCUUUGAGAAGACGGGCCGGAGAUGAUAAACCACUAAAAAAUGCCAAGGUCGUGGGAUGCACACACAUAAAUGCACAAACAGCUGUACUCAUUGAAACGCUGGCAGAACUGGGAGCUCAAGUAAGAUGGGCAGCAUGCAAUAUCUACUCAACACAGAAUGAAGUAGCAGCAGCUCUUGCAGAAGCUGGCUUCUCCAUAUUUUCGUGGCGUGGUGAAACAGAAGAAGAUUUCUGGUGGUGUAUAGACAAAUGUGUGAAUGCAGAAAAUUGGCAGCCAAACAUGAUUCUUGAUGAUGGCGGUGAUACUACACACCUCAUGCUGAAGAAAUAUCCAGCCAUGUUUAAGAUGAUCAAAGGUAUUGUUGAAGAAAGUGUGACAGGUGUUCACCGAUUAUAUCAGUUGUCUAAAGCUGGCAGACUUAGCGUACCGGCAAUGAAUGUGAAUGACUCGGUGACAAAAACAAAGUUUGACAAUCUCUACAGUUGCCGUGAGUCAAUUAUUGAUAGCUUAAAGAGAUCGACAGAUGUGAUGUUUGGGGGUAAACAAGUUGUGCUCUGUGGAUAUGGAGAAGUGGGCAAAGGUUGCUGUCAAGCGCUGAAAGGGCUGGGAUGUGUAGUGUACAUCACAGAGAUAGAUCCAAUUUGUGCUCUACAGGCUUGCAUGGAUGGUUUUCGAGUCGUGAAACUGAAUGAGGUGAUUCGCAAUGUAGAUAUUGUCAUCACAGCAACAGGAAACAAGAAUGUUGUCAUGAGAGAACACAUGGAUAAGAUGAAGAAUGGGUGUGUCGUGUGCAAUAUGGGCCACUCGAACACCGAGAUUGAUAUCAAUAGUCUCCGUACUCCAGAUCUGACAUGGGAGAAAGUUCGAUCCCAGGUGGACCACGUAAUCUGGCCAGAUGGAAGAAGAAUUAUAUUGUUGGCUGAAGGACGUUUGGUUAAUUUGAGCUGUUCCAGCCUUCCAUCAUUUGUUGUAUCCAUUACUGCUGCAACACAGGCUCUUGCUCUGAUAGAGUUAUUCAAUGCACCGCAUGGCCGAUACAAGUCUGAUGUUUAUUUACUUCCAAAGAAGAUGGAUGAAUAUGUGGCCAGCUUACAUCUUCCCACAUUUGACGCUCAUUUAACGGAACUCACGGACGAGCAAGCAAAGUAUAUGGGCCUGAAUAAAGCUGGGCCAUUCAAGCCAAAUUAUUAUAGGUACUAACUGGUUCCUGAAACUGCUGGAAGUUGAUGGACAGAAAUGGCGUAAUACUCUUGAUAUUAAUAUCAUAUAUUUGGGCUUGUAGAGCAUGGUUUUAGGAAAUGGAUAGAGUUAUAUUUGCCUUGAUCUAUUUGUAGUAGGCAUAAAUGAAGACAGUUUUGACAUGCGGAGCCAAAUAAUGGUGUUUAACAGUGCCUGUUUUCUCUUUAUCCAUUUUCUUCUCAUGAGGAAAUGUGGAGAUGGCAACAUUUCGCUGAUCAUUCUGUUGUUUUGCAUCUAAAUUUUGACACUCGUCUCACUAAAUCAAACCAUUUGAAUGUAUUAAUAUGAAUUAGGACCUGUGGCCACUGAUUGGUUGAAAAUUGACAAUGAUUUAAAAUUGAUGCAUAGCUUUUACUACUACCAAAAUUGAAGAAGUUUUAGGAAGUCACUGAAAGUAAGUUUAAUUGAUUUCAUAUAUUUUAUGAUGGUACAGACAUAAUAUGUUGUGGGCAAACAGUAUUAUUUUUAGAUUUGAGGUUCUCACAGCACAAAAGAUGUCGAGUGUUUUCGAUUAUAACGCUGUGUGAAGUUGUAGCUAAACACCAACGUUUUGGAGGCACGUACUGCUUUCAUCUUCAAGGCUGAAGGUAGUAUUUGUAUCUACCUGCAAGUCUGAACAGCAUUACAACUCAGAAGACAAACAUUAACAGUGUUUAUUUUCGCACUUUCUCUGUACAUAUUAAGAUUCUGAAAAGUGGCAUUGCAUAUUAAUUAUGUUUCUGAAACUUAGUGAUCAGAGGAAACCAUUUUCCCCUAUUUUUUUUUUACAGACUUCAUCAACCAUCUUGAAGCAGUCGCCAAUAGGGAUAGCGUAGUGCUCGAUAGGCUGGUGUUGUGUGUAAAUCGUGGAAAGUACGCUUCAUGUUCUGAAUAUAACUGUACAUAAUCUGUCAGUUAAAAUGAGAGGAGAUAUGGGAUAUGACAAACGAAGGCUGUGUAAAACUUCGGUCGCAGUCGGUAUUGUGCAGUAUUCACCAUUUGUAUCUGUAAAUUCAUGUCUAUAUUUCCAUAAUGUACGAUGUAGUUUUAAUUCCAGUAUUUUCUGCAUGGCCAUUUUGGGUUGCUCGUAAUGAGAGGAAAUACAAUUUGUAAAAAUGUAUCCCUCGAGGACUCACAAAACCACAUUAUUGUUUAUGAUUUGAAAUUGAUGAGAAACUGUGUGUAUUGAUUGUACCUAAAACUUACCAUUCCAAAGUGAUGGGCUUAUUGAUAGCUCUACGUCACCAUUUAGUGUCAUGAGAACGGUACAUUCACAACCAUUUUCAGAGAGAUGGGUGUGUAGUUGAAUGGCCAAGAUGUGCCUUUUCUUCUUUCACCAUUUGUUCUUGUGGUCAGACUUCAGUAAUGCGAGGAGAAGAACAUUUAAUGUCUUACAUUUAAACCUGAUUUCGUGAAAGUAGUUGUGAAUAAGCAGAUUUGUAUUUCGUUACAACUUAAAGAGUGGUAAGUUUUCGGUAUCGUGCUCAUAAAUGUUUUGAUCUACAAAAUGAAUUUCAGGUUCUCGUGGCAGCAAGUAUAAAUAUGGCUGUCUUCGGGAUUGUAGCGUCAUGUAGUCAGGUAGAAGUUUACCAACAUUUCAGAGAUCCUUGCUGCCUCUAUCAUCAGGGUACAAAGAGUAAGCUGUGUGCGAGGAAUCUAUUUGAGAUAUGGGAAUCGUUCGGACGAGGUAGAACCUUGACUGUGCUAGUGGGGAAGACUUUGAGGAUCAGGUGAACGGAAGGGAUCCAACGGGAGAAGAGCAGACAUGGCUUGGCCAGAAGGGAAGUGGGGAGACUGUGCAGGAGGAAAGGAAAUGGGCCUUAUCAGUGCCCCUUUGGGGACAACAGCGAGAUCACCAAAUAGUCAUUGUAUUCAUAGGUUGUUUGUAUUGAGUUAACAGGUUAUGUAGAUGUAUUUUAAAU